ACAAGGAAGUUGACGGCACCCAGGCCACGUGACCUGCCGUAACUAAUUCCAUAUCAUCGAAAUCGCUGUCCUCCUCCGACCAAACCCAGAUCAAAAUACCUAUCUGCAAACUGGAAACCCUAGCAAAACCCUAAAGCCGCGCCAUGAACCAUGACUCUCCGCCACCGAGGCCCCGAUUGCUCCAUAACCUAGCCACCGGCCGUCUCGCCUCCUCCGUAUCCAACCUCUCCGGCUCCUCGCGGGCCAUCCCUUCUAGCGAGGACUUCUUCUACUUCCGCAAUUUCGACGAAUUCAAACUCCCCAUCGAAGAAAUGGCCCGGCAAUCGCAGUCCAUGCUCGAAUCCAUCGCCGCCUCGGACAAGACGCCUUUCCCUUCCGAUUUGGACGACGCCUACGAUUGGCUGGUCAAUGCCAACGACGACGUCCUCGAGCGAGUGGACGCGUCGGUGGACGAGUUCAAGAGGACGAGGAAGGAGGACGAAGAGGGCUUCCAGUUGGUGUCUGGGAAGAAGAAGAAGGCUGAUCAUCAUCCGAAUCCGACUCAGGUCAAGAACAAGCCCAAGGUCCCAUUUCACGUGCCCUCCAUUCGUAAGCCUCAGGAGCAGUUCAACAUUCUGGUCAAUAACUCGAACCAGCCCUUUGACCAUGUUUGGUUGGAGAGGAGUGAAGAUGGCCACCGAUUUGUUCAUCCCUUGGAAAAGCUCUCUGUUCUCGAUUUUGUUGAUGAGGAUAUGGGGGAGGAUGAGCCACUGAAGCCGCCGGAACUAGAGGCUACUCCAUUCAAGCUUGUGGAGGAGGUCAAAGAUUUGAAGGAGCUGGCAGCUAAGUUGCGUGCUGUUAAUGAAUUUGCGGUUGAUUUGGAGCACAACCAGUAUCGAUCCUUCCAGGGAUUGACUUGUUUGAUGCAGAUUUCUACAAGAACGGAAGAUUUUCUUGUAGAUACUUUGAAGCUAAGAAUUCAUAUUGGUCCAUACCUUAGGGAAGUUUUCAAGGACCCUUCUAAGAAAAAGGUGAUGCAUGGAGCAGAUCGAGAUAUUGUGUGGCUCCAACGUGAUUUUGGAAUUUAUGUCUGUAAUUUGUUUGACACCGGCCAGGCGUCAAGGGUAUUGAAAUUGGAAAGAAAUAGUUUGGAACAUCUGUUGCAACAUUAUUGUUAUGUUUCUGCCAGCAAAGAAUACCAGAAUGCAGACUGGAGAUUCCGCCCUCUUACCAAAGAGAUGAUCAGAUAUGCCAGAGAAGAUACACACUAUCUGUUAUACAUAUAUGAUUUGAUGAGAACAAAGUUAUCUUCCAUGCCAAAGGAAUCUGAGAACUCUGAUGCUCCUUUGGUAGAGGUUUACAGGCGCAGUUAUGAUAUAUGCAUGCAUCUCUAUGAGAAGGAAGUUUUCACUGAGAAUUCAUAUCUCCACAUAUAUGGGUUACAAGGUGCUUGUUUUAAUUCUCAGCAGCUUGCCAUUGUUUCCGGUUUAUGUGAGUGGCGCGAUGUUAUUGCCCGCACAGAGGAUGAAAGUACUGGCUAUGUAUUACCAAACAAAACUCUACUUGAACUUGCUAAACAGAUGCCUGACACAACUAACAAGUUAAAGAAAGUAUUGAAAUCAAAGCAUGCAUAUAUCGAGCAACAUCUCGCUCCUGUUGUUAGUGUCAUUAGGCACUCUAUGCAGAAUGCUGCCUUUUUUGAGGCUGCAGCUGAAAGUCUGGAGGUGGAACGUUCGAAAAAGGCAUUUGAAGAAAAUGUAUUGGUCAGUGAUGGGUCUGAACCUUUAGUAGAUGAAUCUGGACGUAAUUCAAUCGAUGGUGACGUAUCUGCACCUUUACAAGCUGUUCUGCCUCCUACACAGGAGUCCUCGGAGCACGGAAGUGGUGCGUCUGAUGGAGAAGGAAAGGUUGGAUAUGAAGUUCAUCCUAAAGACAACAAUUUAACAGGAAAAAUCAGGGAAGGAAAUAGCAUCAGCUGUUCCUUAGAAUCUGCCAAGGUUACUGGAGCAACUGUUCAGGUGCAAAAGAAGCCUAGUCGUGCUUUCAGUGCACUCUUGGGGUCUGCAGUUCCAAAAAAAAAAUUUGAUGCUGGUGUAAAGGACAAGAAAGAGAAUAAGUUGGAGCAAAUUAGAUCUUCGGUCAACUUCCCAUUCCACUCAUUCUCAGGUAGGAUGGAACAAUCAAAUCCAAGGACUGAAGAACCAGGACGAGGUUCUGUAAAUCCCCAUUCUGAAACUGCCGUUACCGUAUCAUCCACAUCAUCCACCAGGCCAAGUUUAGGAGAUUUUAUAACAUUAGAAAAUGGCUCUCAAGUACCUGAGCUCAAGGCUUCUGCUUUGGGGAUGUAUGGAGAAGAUGAUCCAAUGUCUCUCUCAGAAUUGUCCUCAAGCUUCAAGAAAUGCUUUCCGCCACAUAAUCAUAAUAGGAAAGCCAGAGAACCAGAAAAAUCCCAGGAAUCUGGUGGCUUACAGGUGAAACCUUUUGACUAUGAAGCGGCAAGGAAACAGGUCAUAUUUGGAGAAAAACCAGCCAAGGAUGCUGGGGCUGGGGGAGAAGGCAGCAUGAAGAGCCUGGGAUCAAGGGGUAAGAAAAAAACUACAGUUGAUGGGGAUGAUGGUUCAAAAGAACUUCCACAAGGGAGACGACGUCAAGCUUUUCCAGCAACAGGAAAUAGAAGUGCAACUUUCCGUUGAACUGUUGUCUUAAAAAGAGUUCAAAGAGAUGACAAAUUGUUCAGAUUCCAAAAGAAAUCCAAUAGAAUGAGAAAAUUUAAUGAAAUUCAGAUUGAUUUUAAUUUUUAACCCUUGCCUGUAGGUGGUAAAAUUUGGAGGUGCAACUGA